GGGGCGCAGCCUUGCGGAGUGGAGUGCUCCUCGCGGUGCCAGCGCUGCCCACGCGAGGCAGGAUUUGUGGAUCAACCGUGCUUUUGCAUCAUGGUGGCAGACGGCUCGCUGAACGCAGCUUCGCCGUAGGGUCGGCAUGCACGGUUUCCCCCGGGGCCGUAGGCGACACGAGGAGGAGGAGGAGGAGGAGGGAGGAGGAACAGGAGGAGGAGGAGGAGGAGAAGGAGGAAGAGGAGGAGGAGGAGGAGGACGGGUCGCCUAAGUCCUUCGGAGAAACCCGCCAGGUCGGCAAGGGUAGCCGGCGCCCGAGGAGGGGGCCCAGGAACGCCGCCGAUUCCGUUGUCGGCUACACUCGACGUUGACAGCUGGGGUACAUGUACAUGGAGGCCAGGCGCCAGCCGCCCAGUGCAUCGCGGCAGUGCUCCGCGGCAGCCGCGGCGAGGCACCGCGGCAGCCGCUCCGUGCCCCCCGCGCAGCGCCUCGCUCAGUGCACCGCGGCGAGGCACCGCGGCAGCGCUGCGCAGUGCACCGCGGCAGCGCUGCGCAGUGCGCCGCGGCAGCCGCUCAGAGCACGCGGGCCGGCCGCUCAGUGCACCGCGGCAGCCGCCGCCUCGCGCUCCAGGCGCUCGGCCCGCAGCGCCUGCAGCCGCAGCUGCAGCGCGGCGGCGGAGCCCGGCGCGGGGCCGCCGGGUCGGUGGAGGCGCGGCGCCUCGGUGUACCUCUUCUGCGACUGCGCCGUGCGCUGGGCGCGCCGCCGCGGGUACGCCUCGUCCGCCAGGCAUUCCUGAGGGAGAAGCCAGGCGCAGCGGCCGCGAGGGGCGGCAGCGGCCGGAGCGCGGUGCCGCGGCGCUCGAGCAGCUGGUGCAUGCCGGGGAGCUCGGAGAGGCUUGCUGGACAGCGGCGGCCUGCGCGCCAGGGGCCCCGCUUGGCCCGCGGGCGCCUCGGGCGGCGGCGGCGGCGGC